AUGGGUUCGCCCGGGUCCGCCAAUGGCAGACGCGGCGAGUACGUGAGGAUCCCGGAGGAGGUGGAGGUGGCGUCCAAGGGGGAGGGGGAUGCCGCGGCGGCCGUCAAGGCGGCCGCGGCGGCGGAGUGCCCGAGGGUGCUGCGGUGCCGCGCGAUCCGGUGGUGGGCCAAGGUCGUCGUGCUCGGGAUCGUCCUUGCUGGGGCCGGAGCUGCUGCGGUCGUCUUCCUCGGCCCGCUCCUUAUCAAGAAGGUUGUUGCACCUAUUCUUUACUGGGAAUCAACAACUUUCAGCAGACCAGCUAUGGCUCUAAUAUGUUUUGGCGCAAUCGCCUUAUUCCCAAGUGUUUUGUUACCUUCUUCGCCCUUCAUGUGGCUUGCGGGGAUGACUUUUGGGUAUCUUUAUGGCUUUUUGAUAAUCACAGUGGGGAUGAGCAUAGGCAUGUCAUUGCCGUAUUUUAUAGGCUCUGCAUUCCACUGUAGGAUACAUAGAUGGUUGGAGAAGUGGCCAAAGAAAGCAGCUUUUGUAAGGCUUGCUGGCGAAGGAGAUUGGCAUCAUCAAUUUAAGGCUGUUGCAUUACUAAGGAUUUCUCCAUUUCCAUAUAUAGUUUUUAACUAUGCUUCUGUGGCUACGAAUGUCAAAUAUUACCCAUACAUAGCGGGUUCUAUGGCUGGAACCAUACAUGAAACUUUUCUUGCAAUAUACAGGUUUGAGAAACUAAUGCCAAUUUUUGCAAACAGUGGGAAACUUCUACAAAGCUUGGCUGUAGCAACUAGCCAUGGGUCCUUCUUGUCGUUGGAUCAGAUUAUCUACAAUGGAAUCGGCUUUACAAUUGCUGCAGCUUCCACUGCUGCGAUCACUAUUUAUGCAAAGAAAGCACUUCAAAAGCUCCAAGCAGAGGACGAGAUAUUUUGA